AUGGCUUUGCCCAUCCAGAGAGAAGCAGAUCAACAGGUGAUAUUUGAAGAAGUUUCAGGAGCAAGAAAAGUGGUACUAAACAGAGCAAAAAAACUAAACACUCUCAACUAUGAAAUGCUAAGAAGAAUUUACGAGAGAGUGAAAGUGUAUGAGAAUGAUCCAACAAUUAAGCUUUUGAUAUUGAAGGCGAAUGGGAAAGUAUUUUGUGCUGGUGGCGAUCUCACAUCUGCCUAUACGUUUGAAGCUCUGGGACAUUGGAGUUUUGGGGCGAGCUAUUACAGGAAAGAAUAUUGUUUGGACUAUGUGCUUGCAACUUAUAAGAAGCCAAUUGUGGCCAUUCUUAACGGAGGCGUUAUGGGAGGAGGUGUUGGAAUGUCCAUUCAUUCCACAUUUAGAAUCGUGACAGAGAAUACGAUUUUCGCUAUGCCUGAAGCAAUAAUUGGACUAUUUCCUGACGUUGGUGCAUCGUAUUUUUUGUCACGACUUCCAGGAUUCUUCGGAGAAUAUCUGGGACUGACUGGUGCUCGAUUAAAUGGAGCCGAGAUGGUGGCAUUUGGUCUUGCAACUCAUUUUGUUCCGUCCAAGAAUUUACAAUCUAUGGAGAAUGCUGUUGAAGAAAUGAUUGCCUCAUCACCAGAUGAACCAAUUAGUGUAGCUACAAUGUCCAGGAUUAUUAGCAAGUUUGCCGAACAAGUAAAUGCUAAACAAGCUGGUCCAUAUCCUAGCAGGCUCACCAUGAUUAACCAAUGCUUCUCCGGAAAGUCAUGUGAAGAAAUAUUAUCAUCACUGGAACGUAUCGCUACACAAGUUCAAGAAAAGUGGAUCCACGACGCAAUAACAUCAAUGAAAUCGGCCACUCCAUUGGGUCUGAAGAUUUUCUUGAAGUUGAUAAGAGACGGUCGUUCCAGAAAUCUCAAACAAUGUCUUGAGACAGAGUAUGUUGCCAUUUGCCACCUUCUUGGCAGAAGUAUUAACAACGACUUCUACGAGGGAUCUAGAGCCAUGUUGAUCGACAAAGAUAAAAAACCCCGGUGGGCACCUUUGAAACUUGAGGGAAUUAGUGACGAAAUGGUGGCCAAGUGUUUUUCAAGAACUUUUGGUGAAGAUGAGGAUUGGGUACCUUUACAGCUUCCAUCAAGACCGAAUGACGUUUCUUCCAAACUCUAA